UGCGAUAGAUCGCAGUCCAGAUCACUUCAGACCACGCACUAAAAGAGAAGACCGCAAACCAAAUCAGACCAUAAUUCUAAUCUUACGAUUCAGACCAAACUGUAUCACACGGUCUAAACCGCGAUUUCUCAUACAGUUUGGUCUAAGAUUCCCAGCCCUACAAGAAACAAACAAAGCAUCCUUUCAUAACUUGUUUUUGGCUUUUUGCCCAGAUUCCCCGAUCCGAGACCGCCUUCGCAUUCCUCCAGUAUCCCGUCCAUAUACAUUCUGCGACCAGGAAUACAUAAACCGUCUUCUGUGUAUUCCUGAUCGCCCCAGAUUUGAGAACUUCGCAUCCAGUUGCAAAUCCGUCUUCUGUGUAUUAUUCAAUUCAGUCAGCUAGAGCGAUGGCGGCCGCUGGUUCAGUCCAGAAAACAGACGAAGAAUGGCGGGCGAUUCUCUCUCCCGAGCAGUUCAGAAUCCUCCGCGAGAAGGGAACCGAGUUGAAAUCCACGGGGGAAUACGACAAGUUCUUUGAGGAAGGAGUCUACAAAUGCGCUGGCUGCGGCACUCCUCUUUACAAGUCGGGCACCAAGUUCAAUUCCGGCUGUGGGUGGCCGGCUUUCUUUGAGGGACUCCCCGGAGCCAUCCAUCGCACUCCGGACCCAGAUGGGAGGAGAACUGAGAUCACAUGUGCAGCUUGUGGCGGGCACUUGGGCCAUGUUUUCAAGGGUGAAGGGUUCAAGACCCCAACAGAUGAACGCCACUGCGUCAACAGCGUCUCUAUCAAGUUUGAUUUUGGGAAUUGAUGAGGUUUGAUCUUAGCUUGUGGUGUGGGAAUAUGCUGGAAUGUAUGUCUGAUGAAUCAAACUGAUCAGAAAGCAGCUGCGAUCAUCCUGUUGAAAUUGAAAUCGUGUGAAAAGCAAUAAUGGAGAAUAUGUUGGGUUGGGUUGACUAAUUUCGAAUCUGUUGUCUGUUACCUAAUGUUUGCUUUACUCACUGUUAAGGUGAAGCCAUUAUUCCAAGCAAAUUUUAGUCUGAUGCUUCUUUUCAUCUUUGAUGCCAUGUUCUCACUGGGACGUUUCAUUGUCAUUUACUUCAUUCAAUGCUGGGUAUUGCAUUUGCAUCUAUAACUUACUGUCCUGUCUUAGUUAGUUGGCUGAUCUUCAAGUUUGGUGCCGUAUCAUAUGUGUUUCAGAAGAAGGAUGAGAAAUCUUGAAUCUUUCUUCCCUAGAAAGGUGGGAGCAGGGGAAAACCUCUCCUCCGGGCUGAUAGAUAAAAUUGGCGCGCUAGAAUUGAAUGGUCAAACUUGGAAGAUUUGCUGAUUGAGAUAUCCUCGUGGCUGCCAACGAGGAACCUCUCCUUCCUGCAAAUGCGUCUGCAAAAGAUGGCUUCAGUUGAUCUUCGAUUCCAACUUUAUCAAACUCCAUCCUUCAAGGUUUCCAGCCAUUGGCAUCUUAAUGUGCAGUCGGUAUAGUUCGCAAGCUAUGAACAGACUCAGGUUCUCAACGAUUCAGGAACAAGCACCUAGCGACGACAUCGACUUCUGGGUGGUAGAGAGCAAGGAGUUCUCUCGUGGUGUAAACUUGCCAGGGUUGAUCAGUCUCUGCCAAGGGAAUGAAGAAGGUGACUGGGACUUUGUCCACAUUUGCAAUCCAAUCUUGGGGGGAGUACAUCUCCAUUCUAGUGGCUAACACUGGAAAGUACUCGACAGGGUACUCAUUCUGAUUCUGCUCGUCCACUAAUCAGUACAAGGUAGUCCAAACCUACUACUAAAUUGAAGUGCUCAUGUUAAUGUUAGUGAUGAUGUGCCCAAAGCCGAAAUCUACACAGUUGGUAAUGGUAUGGGUCACUAGAGAAGCACUGGCAAUGCACUUUCCUCGGUUGUGUAUGCAUCCUCACAGUUCAACACUGUCCUGGAUUCAUCCAUCCAUUGGAUUGUGUAGAGGAUGGGAGCACAGAUGAUUUAUUGUACGGAUUUGAUUUUGGAAGGGAAGAGCUUCACCAGCCGCGUUCACCGCCUUGUGCUGCAAGUUUUGGUGCUUCCAUAAACUUGGGAAUGCUUAAGGAUUGUCUGUGUGUGUGCACCUCUCUUCAACUGGCGAGGAAUUUGAGAUCUUGGUCAUGAAAGAGUAUGGGAAAAAUGAUUCUUUUUACAGUACUAUACGGAGGUGGAAAUUUUGACAUGAAUCGCUCGAUAGACCAGACUAAAAACAGUAAGAUGGCAACGAGCACAACAGAGAAAAAUCUUGGUUUCUACUGAAAUGCAGCCAAAAAGCUCGAUCAAAUUCGAUUCAUCAUGAUUGAAUUUUGAUAUUUAAUCUUGUAGCAUGUCCUCGUUUUGGUUGAAAUGAAUGGAAGGUCUUUUA